AUGGUGCCGAAAGCUAAGAAGGAAGUUCCUGCCCCCACCAAAGCCAAAGCCAAAGAAAAAGCUUUGAAGGCCAAGAAGGCAGCGUUGAAGGGUGUCCACUGCCAUAAAAAGAAGAUCAGCACAUCACCUACUUUCUGGCGACCCAAGACAUUGCAGCUCCAGAGACAGCCCAAAUAUCUUCUGAAGACCCCCCCCCCGAGGAGAAACAACCUUGACUACUAUGCCAUCAUCAAGGUCCCCUUGACUACUGAGUCAGCCAUGAAGAAGAUUGAAGACAACACACUUGUGUUCAUUGUGGAUGUCAAGGCCAACAAACACCAGAUCAAACAAGCUGGAAAGAAGCUCUAUGACACUGAUAUGGCCAAGGUUAACACCCUGAUCAGGCCUGAUGGAGAGAAGAAGGCACAGUUGGACUGGCUCCUGAUUAUGAACAAAGCUGGAUCAUCUAAACAGAGUCCAGCUGUCUAA